AUGGGGUUCCUGUGUCGGGUCCCCGGGCGCCCAGACAUAGGAAGAUGUAGCCAAGAUUCUUAUUUUUACACGCCUGAAAUACUUCUUAUUAAGUGUCUUUGGCAUGUUUUCGUCCGUUCAGGUGGUACUUUUGUUUGAUGUGAACAGUUUCGCCGAUACGUGCCAGAGUGAAAGUGAAUUGGAACAAAAUGUAACGCGAUUGAAGUUGGGAUGUUUGAAAUUGUUGACAGAAUUUGGCGCGCAAACCGAGAAGGGAUCUGAGGUUGUGAGGUGGUCAUGUAAAUAUUACGAUCACCAUAAUUUCAAGCCCGACACCAGCAGGAAACACUUUGUUGAUUUUAAUAAAAAGUCCUUUGAAGAUUUUGAAAAUGAUCUCACGGACAGAUAUUGUAAAGCUUUUGACAGGAAGCAGAGUGUCAACGAGCCGAGUGGGUCCAGUCAGCACCCGUCAGAGGGACCCAAGCCGCACUCCUACAUCUUGAAAAAGUCCCUGCAGGAGGUGCUGCUGGACUACAACUGGGACCGGCCAGACAUCACUUCCCCCGUCAAGACAGCUCGGAAGAAGGCCAAGGCAGGGCACAAGCUGCCAGAGGACGCCCGUCCUUAUAACACUGUCAUUGUCUUUACCAAAGUUCCUCAGAAUCUUGCAGGAGUAAAAGAGUUCUGUGGCCGGACAGAGGCGUUCAUUACGCCUGAAGACUUUUUAGGAAGCAUUCUUGACUUUUCUAUGGUGAAGACCUUUCAAGAGGACAAGCAUAUUUGUCUCAACUUUGUUAGUCUGAGUGAAUUGCCCGUCACCAGUGAAAAAACAGCUGAUCCUCAAGUAAUCAGUGCUGUCCAAAGUGGUCUAGUUAAACUAAAUGGAAAGUUGCAUCUCAUAUCCAGUAUUGUUCAGACGGUUGUUUCAUAUAUUGCCGAAUAUGAGGAGGUUCCAGGUGUGGCUGGUGUGUUCCCAGCUCCCGCCACUCAUGUGGCGGGCCUUGACAUGCAAGUUUCAUGGUGGAAAAGGACGAGGUGUGGCAGACCUCGGCGACCUCAACCUGGCCCCACCUUGGUGUGGGAGGAUGCUGAUGGUAUCUCUUACUUGAAGGCUCAACUAGAAGUUUUAGCUGUUCAUGGAAGCUGUUCUCGUGAAUGGGGGAGUGCCAUUGUGGUGGGUGUGGUACGUAGCAGUGCGGUGAGUGUACUUGCAGUGGCCGGGGGCAUCGGCCACCUGUAUGUGUGUCAUGCACCAAACACCAUCUUCACUACUCUGGUUCAGGUCCUGGCUAAAUAUCAGCUGUCAAUGGUCUUAAAGUUGAGUUGUGGUGGCAUCGCCAUUCUGUGUCCAUGGGCAGGUGGUGUUGGCUGUUUGACUGUGAUAUCUGCUUCAGGAUUGGCUACUCCACCUCUCCACAGCCAGGCCACAAAUCAAGGGUCCCGAGUAACAGACCCACAUCUACUCCGAUUUGUUGCACAGUCAGUGGAGAAAUGCUUGAAAAGUGCUGCACCGCACACUGGUGGGGAACCAACCACAAGCACCAAAAGAUUUGCUGCCAACCAAACUGAGCGGUGGUUUAAGCCCGUUGAAGUAUGUAGUGACACCAUCAAGCGGAUCAGAAAAAGGAGGGUCAAUAGAAUUGAACGAAAAGCCAUGCAAGAACGUCUUCAAAAAAGAUACCGUCCCCAAAUUCCACAACCCUUGGCUACGGGGGAGACUGGACCAUUAGAUCUCAUCGACAUUACUCAGCCUCCAGUAGACCCAGUACCUGGCAACACUGCCAAGCCCACCAUGUCUCGAGCACAGCAGCUUGUCAAAAAGAGUCAUAUUGUAACUGCACAGCAAAAAGUAAAGGAACAACGUGCAGAAGAAGAGGAAAGAGUUCAGGCAACAGAGCGACGAGCAGCACAAGCGUCGGAGCGUGCACGCAAGAGUCAACAACUUGAAUCACAAGUCCUGAAUACUGUUUCAAACCCACAGGACACAGAAGAGCUAGUGCAGUCCUUAGUGUGCCUGCGCGAUGGGGAUGGCGGCCAGACUGAUUUGUUCACAACGGCACAAACCAUCAUAAAUCUUGCACUGAUGCACGUCAAAGGUUCAAGCAGAACAAAUAUGGAGGAAGGAUUGCGUAAGGUCCUGGGAAGUGGUGUUCUGCAAACAGCCGCCGAGAUCAGUAGUAAAGGAUCUCCAGACACUCAUCUUUGGCAUUAUAAAUUACAAACUUUGCUGCACCUUGAGCUGCUUUGGGUAUUAGGCUGUUCAUCAUCAAGUCAAAUAGGUGAUGAUGAAGAGGAGGAAAGUCGGAGCAGCAGUAUAAGAGAGUAUCAUGUUGAGGAGGUUAUGAAGAUGUUACGUGCAAUUUCCUUACGUCACAACCCUACGACUAUGGCCACCUUUCUACAGGACACCAUCCUUGAUAACUAUGUGGAAACUAUGGGUGAAGUGUUGGUUGAGAUCUAUGAAGAACUAAACCAGCCCCUUCCAGAGCCUCUUCGUGUUCUAACUGGGGAUGUUGGGUCUGUAGAAGACACCAGGCAACCUUCUGUCAAGUCCCAUGAGAGCUCUGUUGUAAGCUAUGGAAGUGGACCUUGCUCAGUUGAGAACCCUGGUUCUGGCAAAUCACGAGAAGGCCGCAGGAUGUCAUCGCGUCAUCCAUCUCUGAAAGAAGCCAGUAAACGCAGCAUUGUGGUACCAAAGGUAACACGAGCUUUAUCAAGGACCCUCAGUGAACAGCCAAGGCUACCUCCAGUUGCAGUUUCUGCUGCUUCAGCCUCAAGCAAAGAUAAUGCAGACAGUAACCUAAGAAAUGUGAGGCGUAAUCUUUUUGAUCUGACCGAAGCUGCUUUAUCAAAACCCAAGCUGAAGCGAUCCCAAACUGUGGGGGGAGUGCCUGUGUCCGAACUCAGGCGCAGCCCUCGCAAGAAACACCAAAGAUCAUCUACUAUCAUUACCCCAAGAAAGAGCAAAAAUAUCAUCACUUCAUCUAAAAACUUGUAUAAAACUCCAGUGAAAGCAUCAGUGGUAGCUACCAGAGGAUACAAAACUCCUAAAUCAAAGAAAAGUGGUGUCUUGGUUCCGGAGACUCCUGGGGAUAAAGUUGGCCAGAACAUAUUCAACAAAAACAGGAUUCUCAAGAGCACUGGCACAACACUCAUUGUUGAAAGCCCUGAUGUCAAAAGAGUUUGCAAAACUACACCUCGUCGGUUGCACGCAAGCCUGACUGUCACUCGCAGGAACACCUUCUACUCUGGUGCUCGCUCUCGGAACUGGGAACGUGCCAAGACUCAGCUCCUAGCAGACCGCAUUCGGGGACACUCGGAGAGACGCAGUUUAGACUUGAGUUCUCUGCAAAAUGUAGGUGAUGCUAGCUUUAUCUUUUCCCAGAUAUUGCCAUCCUCUCAGGUUAAUCAAUCCCAGCAGGGUUCUGCUGAAGGUAGCAGAGUAGAAAAAAACUGCCCAAGUCCAGAAAGAAUUUCAUUAGAUUAUGGUCUUGAUAAGAGCACUAGCAGUGAGGUGGAAGAACAACUAGACACCAUGUUUACCAACUCUCCUACCAAGAGCAUAAAUACAAAUGUAGUUCAACGAGAUUGUUUAUCCAUGUCUUCAGGAUUGGAUUCAAGAACAACGCCAAUAAAAAAUGUUAGAAAAGUCCUUUCACUUUGCACCCCAUCAAAAAUAAAAGUACCAAUUGACCAAUCCCCAGUAAAAGUAUUGGAUUUAAGUUCAUACACAGACAAUGAUCACUCUUUUCAUGGGUUUGCAACUCCAAGUAAAGAAAAGGAAAGUCCAAAUCUUUCCAAAGAUGUACAUCAAAUUGUACCCAAUUCAGAUUUGUGUUUGUCAGCAGUAACCCCAAGCAAGAGAGUCCAGUUCAGUUUGACAUUUACCCCAAGUAAACGUGUUUCUUUUACCAGCAAUCCUCAGACCCCCAGAAAUAAGGAUGGAUCUCUCUCCUCUAAUCCUCAGACUCCCAAGAGCAUUCUUAAAACUCCAAUGAAAACACCAGGUAAAACACCCUUAAAGAGUCCUUUAAAUAGUCCCUACAUUUUUACCUCGGUCAAUAAGAAUGGAAUGCAUACACCUCUCAAAACUAAUGGAAAAUAUUCAGAUAUUUCUUCCUUAAAAACUUGUAAUCAGUUACCAAAGUUAAACCUAGAAAGAGGUCCAGAAGCGGUUCCAGAAACUCCUCCUGGUCGCCGACAUAAUGUCUGUACUCCAGUGAAGAUUGAUGGCAUUUUUUCUUGUACAGAAAGUGAAAUUGAACUUUUAUCUCCAUUUAAGAGAGAACAAACCCCUUCUAAAACAUCUGCAGUUAUCUUUAACACGCCUUUGAAAAUUCAUCCCAUUAAGGAACUUUUAGAAAAGACCUCUCAAAAUAUAGACACUGCUUUUACUGCAGCUGGAGAAAAUGUGUCAAAUUUUGAAGAUUUAAAUGUUCCAAACAUUGCUGCAGAAGAUGUUGAAAUGGUGAGCUCACUCAUGUUUGGGGAAGAUUUUGGUCCAGACUCGGGAACUGGGACAUUGGAGUUCAGUGAAGACAAUGAAGUUCUACAGGUGAACCUCAAUAUCAUAAGCUCUCUUUCAAGUUCACAGCAGAAAAUAGAGCAAUCCCCUGUAAAUAUGUUCGGUGACUUAAGUGUGGACUCGCGUAGUUGUCUGCCAGAGAAACAGGUGCGUCUACUGGACCUGGAGUGCAUUUUAAAUGAUCACUCGACGCCUGUAAAGGAGAAUCAGCAGCCAGAAUGUUCAGUUAGUCCUGAAAUUACAUUAGACUCUAAAAUGAAGUUAUACAUUGAGAGGAUGAACCAAGUAGUUAACAGGCAAAGUAGUGUAGUAGACCCAUCAGCAUACAAUCGAGCCAAAUCACCAUGUAUUGAUGGUGGUCAAGUGGAAGAUGCAGAUUGUUCAUCGGCUGAUGAUAAAGUGGAAGAUGUCAGUUCUUCACCUGCUACCACAGUUAGUUCUAUGACAAACAACGAGAAUGUGAUUGAAAAGUCAAAUAGUAUAUUAAAUAAUGUAAAUGAAGAAUUAGUUUCCAACAAAGCAGAAACAUCAACACAUAAAGAAGCCAAGUCACAGUGCAUUAAUGGAGGUGAAGUGGAUGAUGUAGAUUUGCUGUCUUUGACCACAGGGAGUUCUGUGACAUGCAGGGAGGUGCCAAUUGAAAGCACAGGUAAUGAUAAUAUGUUAAACAAUGUAAAAGAAGAAUUAGUUUUCAACAAACCGGUCAUACUUGCAUAUAAUGAAGCCAAGUCACCGUGCAUUGAUGAUGAAGUGAUGCAAGAAGAUUGUUUGUCAGUUUCUGCAGGUAGUCCUGUGAUUGACAAUGAGGCACUAAUUGAAAGCACAGAUAACACAUUAAAUAAAGUAAAACAAGAAUUACUUUUCAACAAAAUUGAGACAAUAUCUGAGAACAAAAUAUCCAUAUUUAAUAUUGAAGGAGAAAAAGCAAAGCAUGCAAAAGAUAUUAGGGAAAAUAUUUCUUUGAGCAAAACAUUAGAAUUUUGUACAAAAGAAUCUGAGAAAAGUGUGUGUAUUAAUGAAUCUCAGGAAAUCUGUCUUCUAAAACAAAGCAAAAAUGUAUUGGUGCAGGAAACGGAGAAAAGACUUCACGUCAAGAAAGCAAAGAUGGUCAACACAACAACAGAAAAAAUAACAGCAUCUCUUGAAGGUGCAGAGAGUUUACCUUUAAAAGCAUCGGGUAAGAAAACUACCUUGAAAGACGAUAAGAAAAUAUCCGGAAAAGAAUGUGAGCAAAACAAGUUAUCAAAAGGAAUGAAAAGAUCACGCAGCCUGGAUGAACAUGAUGAAAUACCUAUAAAAGAAAUAGUACAAAGAGUUAAUCCAGUGUAUGUGAAGGAACCUGCUGUCUCCAGCAUACUGGACACUGAUGAUGCUUCAAUUAAUUUUAAUUCAACUAAACAAGUUAAAAGACAGUUCUUUGAUAUUAGUGAUGAGUCUGAUGAUGAUUUUAGCCAGAGAAAUAUUAAAAAUAAAAGAACAACCCAUGGCAGACUUGAUUUAAGUAAAAGAAGAGUUUCAGAAAGAAAGAAAAUUGAGAAAGUGAAGAAGGCAGAAGUUAACCGUGCUUCACAAAGAAGACAGAGAACUUGUAAAAAGUUUAUAGAGUCAUUGUGUGAACUUAGCAGCGAAGACGACAAUUUUGAUGAUGAUAUGUACUUUUCCAGUGUAUGGAUAACUCCUAAAAAUAAAAAUAAAAGGAUUUUUGAUGAGGACUCAGACUUCGUAACACCAGAAAAAUUUGUUGAAGAUGUGGCAGCAGAGAGCAUGCCUCUGAAGACUGUUGAAAAUUUACCCAAUAAACCAAUCACAGAUUCAUCCAUGCCAUCAUGGUUGGAUGAAGAUCAGAAGAAGGCAAGAAAAGAACACACAGAUAUUAGAGCUGAAAAUAGAAUAUUUACAGAGAAUGUAAGCUCAACUGAUGAAAGACAUAAGCAGAAAAAAAUUGAUGUGUAUCUCUCUCCUGUUCACAGGCAAUUGCCCUCGGUAGAGACAACCCCAACCAGACCUCACCAAGAAGCUGUUGCUCGAAAACGACCAGAGACUCCAAAUGAUUGGAAAAUAAUCAAACCUAGACAGAAUAAAAGGAAAAUUUCUGAGGUUAAAGAAGAUGUGGACAAAGAUUCACAAAUUAGUGCCAUUAAUAACAAAAUAAAUAAGUGCGAUAAAAAGGUUGCAGUUGAUGUAAACAGGAAAAUGUGUAUUGCAAAGAAAAAGAAGAAACGGAAAGGAAUGAAGUUAAAGAUUACAAAAAGUGGGGAACACUACCAGGUCUCUGAAACAAAUAAUUCACUUGAGAGCUCGGGUAAUUCCAGUGCUGAUGUAAGGCUACAACUUAGUCAGAGUGAGAGUAUGCUUUCAAACUGUAGCUAUAACCCUGACUCAUCUUGCAGCAACACAUCUCCAACUUCUGUAACUAAGAAGAGGAAGAAAAAAGAAAUGGACAGAGAACCCAGGUCCAUAAUCACUCCCCACAGAUUUACCCGUCAUAUGUCCAAAGACAUUAGUGUGUCACCAGAGCUCUUUCAAAAACUGAUCACCUUAUCCCCAGUAAAAGAAAGAAAUACAAUGAAAGAUUCUCACAUUUCAAGUAAUGAAGGUUUGGGAAGAAAGAUUGAAUUAGAACUGAUGAGAGCAAGUAAAAUUUUAACAGAUACUUUCAGUGUUGCUUCUAGCUCUAAAAACAACUCAUAUAUGGAGGACCAGAUGCUUGCACAGGAUCAAGUUCACCAGAAGAGUGAAUCUUUAAAUAAGGUUGUACAGGAUGAGUGGUCAGUAAGAAGUUCACCCGGGUCACCCACUUUGAAAACAUUUAUACGUAAACAAAAGAAGAAAUUUGCUAUACUCUCAAGUCCACGCAUUGAAUUGUCACCUGUAAUUCAAGAAACAAUGUCAGAUUCCGAAACCCACUCCAGUGUCCUGCAAAAAUGCUCACCAAGUAGUAUUGUCCCAUUCCGUUCAUCCCCAACCCACUCAAGUCAAAGGAAAGGAUCUCGUCUUACAAAUCCAAGUCUUCUUAGUUUGGUGCAUCUUUCAGUCUCACCAAUCAUCAAUAACAAAUUGUCUGAAGAGACAAAUGCAGGUGAUGCUAUCUUGAAAUCACAGAUAAAACCAAAGUCCAGUAGAAAAUUGUAUGGAAACUGGGAGAGCAGUUAAGACUAAUAGAAUAUUGAUGUGUAUAUUAAAACUGGGAGGGCAAUUUUUAUUGUCAAAGAUGGUAAGGUAUUAGUGAUAAGCAUAAUGUACAUAUUGUAGUUAUAUUUUCAAUACUGGAGGUUGUGUGAGAAAGAAAUGAGGAUGUGGCAGUCUAGUGCAAAGCCCCUUUAGCUAGAUUUAUUUCUUUGAUAUUUAAUAAUUUCUAAAAUACAUACUUUCUUUUUCUUUUCUCCAAGAUUGUUUUUGAAUUUGUAUUUUACAAAAUAAUUAUGUAAAGUUGAAAGUAAAAUUCUUUGCUUUGUAUUUCUUUCAUAGAUUUCGGGUGUUAAUUCAUCUCAUGGCAUUCACUUCAUCACAUAUUGUGAAAUAUAGGAAUAUCAUAUUAUUUAAUAAAAUUUUAUUAAUAUGGAGUUAUUUUAUUUGCUUUAAUGUAUCAUGUGUUAAUUUGUACUGAUUGAAAAUUUAAUAAAUACAUUUUAUAUCCAUAUUUUAAA